AUGAAAAUGCAGAAAUUGACAACUCACACACCUGACUAUUUGGGUAUUGCUAAUGGGGUUUGGCCAAAACUAGGGGAAGCUGCGACUUCAGGGGAGGGAGUAGUAAUUGGUUUAAUUGAUACAGGAAUAAAUCCUUCCCAUCAAAGUUUCAUGAUUGAAUCAUUAACUGAAGCCAGUAAGGGCAUAUUUUCAAGACCUUCAAAAUAUAAAGGAAAAUGUGAUAUUGGAGAUCAGUUCCCUCCAUUAUCUUGCAAUGGUAAGAUAGUUGGGGCACAGUAUUUUUCAAGAGCUGCCGUUGCUGCUGGUGAAUUUAACGCUACCCGUGACUAUGCUUCUCCUUUUGAUGCUGAUGGUCACGGAAGCCAUACGGCAUCAACAGCAGCUGGAAACCACCAAAUUCCGGUGAUGGCAAACAACUUCAAUUAUGGUUAUGCCAGUGGUAUGGCUCCAGGAGCAAGGGUCGCUGCUUAUAAAGCUCUUUAUGCUUUUGGAGGUUAUAUGUCCGAUGUUGUAGCUGCUGUAGAUCAGGCAGUGGAAGAUGGUGUUGAUAUACUAAACCUUUCUGUAGGGCCAUCAAAAGUCCCAUCAGGACCUUCUGCUUUUCUGAACCUCUUAGAAUUGGAGCUGUUAUUCGCAACCAGAGCAGGCGUGCUUGUCGUUCAAGCUGCCGGAAAUGGAGGGCCUUCUCCCAGUUCUAUGCUUUCCUUUAGUCCAUGGAUCACAACUGUAGCUGCAUCUAUUACUGACCGCAAGUACAACUCCUCUAUUAAACUGGGCAGUGGUCAGAGCCUUACAGGCUCGGGACUUGCACCUCCAACAGUUGGAGAAGUGUUCUUUCCUCUAGCCGCAGCAGCCGAUGUUGGAGAAAGAAACACCACAAAUGGCCUGUUAACAGUGGAGAGCUGUCAAAACCCAGAUCAGUUUGUGACCUCCUUGGUUCGGGGAAAGAUAAUAAUAUGCACAUAUUCAUUUGAUUUCGAUACCGAGGAAACUAGCAUUGCUGCUGUUGCAGACACUAUACAAAAAAUUGGUGCUGCUGGAUUUAUUCUUACAAUGAACCCUGAUAUGGGUUCAGAGCAGAUAAAGAGUGCCAUAGAAACCUUACAAGUCCCUGGUGUCAUUUUGAACAACAUGGAAGCCUCUUCGGCUCUGUGGGAAUAUUAUAAUUCAAAUACAAUACGGAGUAGAACUGGGAGAGCGAUUGGCUUUCGAGCUACAGCUAGAAUUAUGGAUGGACGGCAAGCAAUUUACACAGGACAAGCUCCAAUAGUUGCAUCAUAUUCAUCAAGAGGUCCAGAUGUUAAUAAUGAACAUUUGGAGGCUGCUGAUGUCUUGAAACCAACUAUCAUGGCUCCAGGUUCCUCAAUAUGGGCUGCGUGGAGCCCGUACAGUGAAGGAGAUGCACAUAUCAAAGGUCAGUAUUUCGCACUACUGUCUGGAACUAGCAUGGCAGCACCACAUAUUGCCGGUAUUGCAGCUCUGAUCAAGCAAAAACAUCCAGAUUGGAGUCCUGCUGCCAUUACAUCAGCAAUGAUGACAACAGCAGAUGUGGUUGAUCAAAAUGGCGCUCCGAUACUAGCCCAGCAAACUAACCAGCUCUCUCACGCAACUCCCUUCGACUUUGGUGCUGGUGCUGUCAAUCCCUCUCGAGCAAUGGAUCCUGGACUUGUGUUUGAGGUCAACUUCAAGCAGUAUGUCGAUUUCUUAUGCUCGGUUCCAGGUGUCGAUGACAUGUCUGUGAGACAAGCUGUUGGCAUUGCCUGUCCACCUCGGAAAAAAUGGUGCUCAGAUUUGAAUACACCAAGUGUGACUGUUUCCAGUUUGGUUGGAUCAAGAAGGAUUCUUAGAAGGGUCACAAAUGUUGCUGAUGAAGCCGAAAAGUACAUGGUUGUGGUAAGGGAGCCCUUGGGGGUGAAAGUUACAGUUAUUCCAGAAUCUUUCAAGAUCAGUCCCAAUUCUUCAAGACACCUAACAAUCAUCUUGAAUGCAACUCAGACAACAAAUGCUUAUACUUUCGGCGACAUUCAAUUUCUGGGAGAAAAUAAACAUGUGGUAAGAAUUCCAUUGGCUGUCUUUGUAAGUAGCACUAUAGGAUCAUCAUGA